AGAGAUACCUAAUGAUUUUUUUAUGCGUUUUUGUCCUCAAAAAAGGAAAUAAAUAAAUGAUAAAUAAACUGGGAUUUGCUUCUUCGUUUAAACGUUGGCUCUUACCAGAAUACGUACAGUUAGGUAAGCUCCUUUGCCUACUAGAGGGUUUUAUUUUGGAAGUUUGAUUCCGGCAGUCUUUCCCUCAGGCUCUCCUCUCUGUGGUCAUAAUGGAGUAGAUUGGAUUGUUGGCGGAUGAGGGCGCUUCACCGCCAUUUGAAACACUGAGCUACGUCGCGUGUGUAUCUGUAACGGAGCAGCAGAUAAGACAAAAAUCCUUAGUACGAAGGCUACACAGACAUUGGGUAAUGGUAAAAUCCGUGAUCGGAGAGAUCUAACUGGGCCGAGCAGGCUGAAGUGAAGAAGCAGGACUUUUCGUGGCUGUUGGUGCUCACGCUGGCCAUCCGAUGACCAAGUUCUGAAAAGUCGAUCUGCGCUGUCUUUGCAGUUUUUCAGCUCUAGACUACGAAAUAACAUCAUGGCUGUCUUGUCCUCUUCCUCCAAUAUCCUGCUCCUUCUCCUAAUUUCUUUCCUGGAUUGGCUGUGGACUCCAGCAUCUGCAUUUCUCAUGGGUCGAGACCACAUGACGUCAUCAGCUCCCGUUGAACCUCACAUCACAGAGUGCAUAUCGAGGAACCAGGAGACAUUCCGAUGUUGGUGGAGUCCAGGGAGCUUCCACAACCUGUCCUCCCCUGGAGCACUCAGAGUUUUCUACCUUAAGAAAGUCUUGCCCACCAGUGAAUGGAUGGAGUGUCCAGAGUACAUUUAUUCAAAUAGGGAGUGCUUCUUUGAUGUAAACCACACAUCCGUUUGGGUCCCCUACUGCCUGCAGCUCCGCAGCCAAAACCGCACCUUUUUCAAUGAGGAUGACUGUUUCACUGUGGAGAAUAUCGUACGUCCUGACCCACCAGUGUCUUCAAACUGGACCCUGCUGGAAAUAAGUCCCUCUGGGCUAAGUUAUGAUGUCAUGGUCAACUGGGAGCCCCCACCCUCUGCAGACGUUGAGACGGGCUGGAUGCGCAUUGAGUAUGAGAUCCAGUACAGAGCGAGAAAUACCACAAACUGGGAAGCAUUGGAGAUUCAGCCGCACACACAGCAGACAAUCUACGGUUUGCACAUAGGAGAAGAGUACGAAGUGCACAUCCGCUGCAGGAUGCAGGCCUUCACUAAGUUUGGAGAUUUCAGCGACUCCAUCUUCAUUCAAGUGACUGAUAUUUCCAGCAAAGAGUCUACUUUCCCACUCACACUGGUUCUUUUCGGGAUUGUGGGCAUCCUCAUACUUAUCAUGCUUAUUGUUGUCUUUCAGCAGCACAGAUUGAUGUUGAUUCUUUUGCCACCGGUUCCUGCACCCAAAAUUAAAGGCAUUGAUCCAGAGCUGUUAAAGAAGGGGAAGCUGGACGAGCUGAAUUUCAUCCUGAGUGGUGGAGGUAUGGGUGGCCUACCCACUUAUGCACAAGAAUACUACGAAAGCGAACCAUGGGUGGAAUUCAUAGAGGUGGUUGCUGAGGAUGCAGAUACUGGAGAGAAGGACAACCAGGGCUCAGACACCCAGAGGCUCCUAUCUCAACGCAUCAGCCACCACAUGGACAUAAGCUUUCCUGAUGAUGACUCAGGCCGGGCCAGCUGUUAUAACCCAGAUCUGCCUGACCAAGACACCCUAAUGCUGAUGGCCACCCUGCUGCCAGGCCAACCGGAGGACAGAGAAGCCUCCUUCAGUGUUGUAGAAAGAGCCCCAGCCCCAGAAAGAGGCGAGAGGCCCCUGAUCCAAACUCAAACUGGAGGGCCCCAGACUUGGGUCAACACAGACUUCUAUGCGCAAGUCAGCAAUGUGAUGCCCUCCGGUGGCGUGGUACUGUCUCCUGGCCAGCAACUCAGAAUCCAGGAGAGCACCUUAGCCACAGAGGAGAAAACACAGAAGGAAAAAAAGCAUAAAUGGAGUGAAGACACUGAGGACAAUAAGCAGAAGGAGCUGCAGUUUCAGCUGCUGGUAGUGGAUCCAGAAGGAAGCGGCUACACCACAGAGAGCAACGCCCGGCAGAUCAGUACUCCCCCUAGCUCCCCCAUGCCUGGCGAGGGUUAUCAAACCAUACACCCUCAGCCAGUGGAUACCAAACCUGCAGCCACAGCAGAGGAUAAUCAAUCACCUUACAUUCUUCCUGACUCUCCCCAAUCCCAGUUAUUUGCCCCUGUUGCAGACUACACAGUGGUACAGGAAGUGGACAGUCAACACAGUCUGCUUCUCAACCCGCCCCCCCGCCAGUCUCCCCCUCCCUGCCUGCCACAGCACCCACUCAAGGCCAUACCUGCUAUGCCUGUGGGGUACAUCACCCCAGACCUGCUGGGGAACCUCUCACCCUAAAAUGACAAUGCCAUCAGGCCUUUUAAGGGCCAUGAAGUCCCUAGCAGUCACAAAAGUCUGUUUCUCUGCUGGAAACCAAAUAACUUGCAGCACACAGUGUGGAUUAGAGUGUACAGGCAUUUGUUUUCAGAGGAUGCUGAAAAGGGAGAGUUGAAAAGCUACCAAGGUGUAUUCUUGACUCUUUUACAUCUGCUACAUCACUUAAUUUGAUGCAAAGGCAGCCAGAAAUAAACACCACAAACCUGCUCAAUUUGUUGACAUCCAUGCAUAAGACACACACAGAUAGUAGGCUGUGACUGUGAUUGUAGUGAGUCAGAAAGCAUUAGCUUACUGCUUAACUGUGUUAGAUCACAUUACAUAUCUGGCUAAUUGUGUUUAGAGCAAUGGAAUUGUAGAAGUCUUAAUGUUAAAGAGAGAUGUCAGUGUAUGAUUGAUCGGGAGAAGCACAUUCUAGUCAUGUUUUUCACACCACACCAAGAAGAAGCUGUCAUUAAUACCUCUUGCUGGCAGAGAUGUUUUGCCGCUCAAUUGUGGCUUAUUUUGUAUUCUUAUAUUUGUUAUCACAUCGUGUCAUCUUAUUAGUACUUUAAGGAAAAUCCACCCUAAAAUGCAGUCGAAAACACUACUAUGCAAUUAUACCUUGCAUUCCUGGCUUCAUUUUAUGUAAUGGUAUGCUGUUGACAUUACCAUGAAUAUGUGGCCAAACGUAUAUUAUAUGAUGUCAAGAUAUUUUUAUCUAUCUACAGCCACAAUAGAGUUUAAUAGAAGAAAUACUUUCAACAACUGAAAAGAAUAUACAGUACAAAUGCGCACACACAUACAUAAGUCACUGGGGCAAAACUAUAUAUAGGCAUUCUGGGAAAUGAAGGAAAUCACUAACUGAAGUAAAAGUAGAGGUGACAAAUAAAAGGGAAAUCAAACCAUUUCAUCUAAUUCCUGGAAUGCACUGGAUAUUACAGACUGAUACUACAAUUUGCAGCAUAGAAUCAUUUAUUCCAUUUUAUUCUGAUGUGCAUACUGACAUGUUGCUUACAGUGCUGAACAGCCAUUCUUGUGGUAAGAGGAAUAAUUUAUUCAGAUUCAUUCAGAGCUGGGAGCCGCCCAGUACUAACAGUGCUUUAGUAUACUGAGCACCACCAAGUGCCUUGCUCAAGGGCACACUGAUAUAGUUAUUUCGCAGAAGGGAAGGGACACAGAUAUACACCUAGCAGUUAUUGAAUUUCGUCCUGCGACAGCAGCCAAGUCUCACCUUUACAACCAACACUCACUCAUAAUCAUAUAAACUAAACCUUAAUGAGCAAGCUUUCUACUUAGGAGUUGUAUUCUUCUCAUGUUGCAUCGUUAUUGCAGGGACAGCAACUGGAACAAGUUGAAAGACUGUGAAAGUAUUUAAAAGCUGUAAUUAGCUAACAUUUUAUAGUUACUUAAGUACACGUUAUCAACCUGUGCCUAUGAUAAUGUUAUUGGCUUGCCAUUUCUGUGCUAAGGUGUGCUUACGUAAUUAUGAUCUGUGCAUUUAUGUAUUGCUAUGUACAGGCAAGUGCUGCUAUGUAUAGGUGAAUUGUUGUAAAGCCUCUCUUUUCACAGAUCCAUGACUAAAAACCUGCACAUGCACGAACACAGUAACAUGCAUGCAUAAACACACAUCAAAAACAUUUGCCUUAAUUGAUAUUUAAUUUUGCCUUCCUGACGUAGUCAUAAAUAAUGAGCUGAAAAUUGUCUAAGAAAAUAGUUGCAAGGGUAAGAAUUUCCUGACGUCACUAAACUGUAACUUGCACAUUUCGGAUCAUGCUCAUAAAGCUGACCACAAUGUCCAAACCAAAAAUGUUGUUCAGGGCUAGUGCUGAAAGACUUUAAAUUUCAAGUGGCGUUUUGAUAGAGCGACAGAUACAUACAAAGAUGUGAGUAUUUUUGGUCAGGCAUACUAGGUAAUAUGUGGGUAAUUAGUCAUGGAUUCCUAGUUACUUUGCCCCAAUACUUUUCUUAGAAUAACCACAUUUAGAACAAAACCUUGGACAGAAUCUGUUGCUUAAUUAUUUAUUUAGUCAGAUUAGCUUGUGGUGUAAGCUUGUCCUUGGUUCAUUGACCGUAUACGCUUUUUUAUAAUGGCUUGUGUGAGCUUGUGUGAGAGGGUAGCAGAGGAAACCUGUUGCCAGGUUGUUAGGCUCCUCAUAUGUUUUCAUCCUAUGAAUUCUAUCAUGAAGACUUUUAUAAUAUGCCAAUAACAAACACAGCAGCAUUGCAUAUUGUAUACAAUAAGCUGUCUAAGCUUAGGCUAAUUAAGUUGUGCGAUAUAUGUAUGGUUUUGUGAUGCAACACAAUUAAUUUUCAUUACAGCGUGUCUAUAGUUGAGUCUGAAGUAUUAUUAUUGUGUAACAUCAAGGCAGCCUCCAAAUGAGCACAACACAGCAAAACAUACUUCACCGUGCAAAGGAAACACAUCCUGCCUUUGAAUUAUGUUGCUGUGGAAUCCUCCUUAAGAUAAGCAGGCUAAGCAGAUAGAAUAUGUCUUUUGUAUUAGACAAUCCAAUAAAGAAGAGAGACAAAGUAAGAGCCAUAAAAUUAAAAUUUUUAAAACUGUGAAUAUGAUAGAUAUGUGCCAUUUUUCUCUUUCUGUCUCUCAGAGCUCAGUGUCCUGUUGUUGCCUAGUGCUGAUGACACCAGCAAUGCAAUGCUGUUGCAGAAAUGUCUUAAUAUAUUUGCUAAUGCUGUAAAAUUACAAGUAUAUAUAUUUUUAUGUCAAUAAUGUUGCUAAUCACAAUAUGUUGCUGCUCGGUACAUGUAUAUUUCCUGCAUUUAGCCUUACUGUAGUGGGAAUGGGUCAUCCAAGAGAGUGCAACGAUCUCUGUAUUGUGUGUAUGUUUGGUGAUAAAACCUGCAAAUUGGAUGAUACUGAAAAUGUUUUGCCUGGGAGAAAUGGGAAGGUUUGGUUUAGCUAUCUGAUCAGUCAUCAAGAGCAACAAUAGGACAGUUUUUCCCCAAAUGUGAUAUACCGGUAGUCCCCUAAUGAUGCUCAUCCAACGUUCACAGUGUUCAAACCCAUCCAAAGAUCCCCACAAGGCUUUCUGUGUACAUGAAGGAAGAUUAGAUAAUGGGGGGAAAAAGCACGGCUAAGGUUCUUUUUCAGUUGUACUGUGUUAAUUGUGAAUGUGUUCAAACUGGAAUACGCAAUGCAAUUACGAUAUCAAGGAAAAGUUGUAAAAACAAAUAACGUUAAAUCACUGAAAGUGGUUUUUGCAAAGGUUACAGCGAGGAAGAUGAAUCUGAGGUGCUUUUUUUGUUCAAGCUUACUGUACAGUUGUUUACUACAUUGUGUCUGCAAUUUUCUUUUUGCCAGUACACAAUGAGCCCAUUCUUAACCUAGUGUAAAAGUUUGCAACCGUUAUUUCAAGCUUAUAAAUGUCAGACACUUUAGAGCAAGCACUUUGUACACAUAAAUAUAUAUAUCUGAUGUUAAAAAUAUUAUUCAUUUUUUAAUAUUGUGUUUUGGACUAAAUUAAGUCUAUGAAUUACCUGUUAUUAUAAAACAGCAUUAUGUUUUUUUUAUUCUGCACAAUAAUUAGACAAUGAGGAACUUUCAAUAUCGAUAAGCUUCAGUUUUGUCCUGCAGAGUUUAUGGGACAUAUUUUACACUACCAGAUUGAUAGAAUGAUGUACUGUAAUGGAGUAUUUAAUGUUUGCUAUAAGAUUUAUGGACACAUAGAGCAGAUAGAUAUAGUCUUUUAUGAAGUCAUAUCAAAAUAUAGGCAGAGUGAAAUGGUUACAUUGUAACUCUACACUCUUACAGUUCUCCCACUAUGUGAUUUCAGCAUUUCAUUAUUGAAAAAGUGCAUUUGAAGGGGCUACAGUGUUUUUAUAAUGAUGUCUUUUGGCCUCCAGCUUCUUGGAUUUGUGUCGGCUUUUGUCGCUCGAUAAAGCCUGGAAGUAAUCUUGAGUGCUGGAAUUUGUGCUGGUUGAAACUCUUUACCAAAGAGCGUUUAGCCAGACAUUUUUUUCCGGUUAAGGAAAUAGUAUAGGCCUAAUUCUUGAUUUGAUUACAUCGGCUGGCUUUUUAUGACUAUAGUCAGUAGCUCCAUUCUAUAUUUCUAUCCAUGUGAUAUUUAUUUAGAGCCCUCAGAUCACCCCACCACCUCAUCAGACCACAGUGGAUGGGGCAGCAUGAGUUAUGUGUCCACUGUUAUUCUCUGACGUGUUAUCCAGACUCGUAAAACUGGAAAUAUUCUACUUGUCAGAAUUGGUAACGGCUGCAUUGUGCAUCGCAAGUGUAAAAACCUCAAACCUAAAAUGUAUCAGUUUGUAACAGCAUCAUUAAUUGAUAUGACUGCUCCAUAUAUUUCAACCCCCCCCCCCCGCCUUGGCCUUGGAGCCACUGUUCUUGUCUGAUGGCUGCUGUUUUACUCAAGGCCAAGAACUGUGUUGAUCUUUGAUGAUUUGAUAUUGUUCUCUUAUACCAGUUGAGCCUUUCUGGUUUUGUGUGUGUGAUCAAUAAGCUUUCAACAAGUUACACAAUAAAUGUAUACAGCAUCUUAA